AUGAAUGCUGAGGAACAAGAAGAAAAACUAUGGGAUGAUCGUAUUCUUAAAAUGCCAGAUAUGAGCGCUGAUGAUGCCAAGAUGGCGAGGGCACUUAAAAGGCAACCAGAUUGGGUGUUACAAAAAUUAGGAAUAGAGAGAAAUAAUAUUUCAAGCCCCAAGAUAGACAAGGUAGGAGAAGAGAGAGAUGUGCAUGGGGAUCAAAAUGAAGAAAAGACGGAGGAUGGAAGAAGGAAUGGAGAUGGCAAGAAUUAUGGGAGUCGGAUUAACAUAAAUAGGGCCAAUCAUGUAGGAAAUAAUGGGUGUGGCAUCAACCAGAAUAAUGGACAAAAUAGAGGUAACAAUGGCAAUUAUGGAAGUGACAAUGGUGGAGGUAGGAACAAUAGUAACAAUAAUGGAAAUAAUAAUGGGGGUGGAAAUAAUGGUAAUAAUGGAAACUAUGGCAACAAUAAUGGGAUUAUGAACAAUCAAAGAAACCAUCAUGUUGGUAGACAACCCUUAAUCAUUGAGAGGUACAACCAAUUGGAUUUCAUUGGCAUUGUUGGUUAUCCAAAUCAGAUCACUAAUGAUUCGAGAUUAUCAAUCCCAAAAAUUUUAGGAAAUGGAGUUGAUUCAGCCAAGCAGCAUGUUAUUAAUGUAAAGCAUAUCAUCAAAGAAUUUGAGAUUCCUCAUGAAGAUGUGUUCAUGAAGUUGUUGGUUCAGUCUUUGAUAGAGGAUGCAGGGGAAUACAAAACUCAUUAUGAGAUUCUGUCUCAUAGACCUAACACUUUACAACGAGCAUUCAAAAUAGUUGUUACUAUUGACAAUAAUAGGAAGGUGGUUGGAAAAGUUGCUAAGAGAGAUGAUCCAAAGCUGUACAACUCCAGGGUUCCUAGGAAAGAUGAUCUUACUCAAAUCAUGGACAUGCUCAAGGACUUAAAGGCUGUAGAACAAGUGAAAAGCAAUUAUCAACUGAGGAAUAGGAAUGUUAACAAUGAGCAGGGCAAGCCAGCAGGUAUAUUUGCCAAAGUCACAAAAUCUGGUGGGACAAAACAUAAUGUAGCCAAGGGUAAGGAUGCUGGUGCCAACAAGUGGACAGAGCCAGAAAAGAAUAAGCCAAUUGAAAUGCCAAAGCUUGUCAAGUUAGUGGAGAAAAAACAUAUUAGUAAGCCUUCUUCAAACUAUGCAACUUUUAUGUCACAAGCGUUGUCUCAGGUAAAAAUUUCUAUGCCCUUGCUUGAAGUAAUGAAAUUUUCAGAAUAUAAAGAUGAGACCUUGAAGAUUAUAUCAAACAUUGGGGAUCUAAAUAAAAAUGAUGUUAAGUUAAAAGAGGAUCCUCCAGAUGCAUCGACCAGAGAGAAAGUAAAGAAGAAGGUGCAGGGUCAGCUUGUUACACAUGAAGAAAUUAAAAAAGAAUUGAAGUCUGAAUUUGAUGAAUCCCAACAGAUUGUUCAGCAUGGGCUUCCCAGUUUGGUAGAUGAUGUAGGUGUGAUCAAAGACAAAAUCGUAUGGAUCUCUGAUUUCAAGUCUAUGCCUAGUGCAACCCAAGCCAUUGCUAGAGCAGAUGUCCUUGACAUGAAUGACACGACCGAUCAGUUGGAGAAUUUUUAUGUGAUCGAUAAUGUAGCCAAGGAUGCAAUCUUCAAUGCUACAACAUACAAGGAUCCAGGCUGCUUGUGGCAUAUUCAAAAAUGUGGAUGA